CCUCCUCCUUGCUGUUUUACUCCCUCUCCGGCUUACCAGGGUCUAGUCCAUCUCAGCCCCGUCUCUGGACCUCCAGCCCUCCCGGGGCUGCCCCUGAGCCUGAGCAGGACCCAGAACCCGGGAGUGCUCACUUUUCUGGCCACCCCCCGCCCGGGGCAGGCAGCAGCUCGGUCUCCUUUUGGGACGGCCUCUUGGAAAGAUCUCGAGAACCUCCAGCAAGAGAUAAGACAGGGUGCCUUCUUCUGCCCCAAGAUGCCUGAGCCGGCCCAAGGCCCAGCCUUCCGGCUAGAGACUACAGAGGGUGACCAGGAAGGGGGAACAGCUGCCGCUACGGGAGAGAGGGGGUCUAGAGACCAGCUGCCCCCCAUGGAGUCAGCCUUCCAGAAGGAGAGCAAGGACUUCUCCCCACAAAUCAAAGUUAAUCUCAAUUACAGAAUAGGUCCCAGCCCAUCGGAUCCAAACCGUUUUGACCGAGACCGACUCUUCAAUGCAGUUGUGGGGGGAGCCCCAGAAAACCUGGAUGGUCUGCAGGAAUACCUGAUGCGGACCAGCAAGUAUCUCACCGACUCUGAAUUCACAGAUGCCUCUACUGGGAAGACCUGCCUGAUGAAGGCUGUGCUGAAUCUCCACAAUGGGAUGAAUGAGUGCAUCUUACGUCUGCUGCAGAUUGACCAUGCCAUGCGGAACCCCCAGCCCCUCGUCAAAGCCGUGUAUACAGGGGAGUACUACAAAGGUCAUAGUGCUCUGCACAUCGCCAUUGAGAAGAGGAGCCUUCAGUGUGUGCAGGUGCUGGUGGAGAACGGAGCCGAUGUCCAUGCCAGGGCCAGUGGGCGGUUUUUUGCAAAGGAGAGUCAAGGAAUUUGCUUCUAUUUCGGGGAGCUGCCGCUGUCAUUGGCCGCCUGCACUAGGCAGUGGGAUAUUGUAUCAUACCUCCUGGAGAAUCCUGACCCUGACCGGCGGGCGUGCCUAGAGGCCGUGGACACCUGGGGCAACACGGUCCUACAUGCCCUGGUGAUGAUCGCAGAUGACACAGUGGAGAACAGUACCCAGGUGAACAGCAUGUAUGACUACAUCCUCCAAAUUGGUGCCCGGCUCUGCCCCUCCUUGAAGUUGGAGAAUAUCGCUAACCUCCAGGGGCUGACGCCACUCAAGCUGGCAGCAAAGGAGGGGAAGAUCGAGGUUUUCAAGCACAUCCUGCAGCGCGAGAUCCCUGGGGAAUACCGCCACCUCUCCCGGAAGUUCACUGAGUGGACGUACGGGCCUGUGCAGGUGUCGCUCUAUGACCUGUCCUCUGUGGACAGCUGUGAGGACAACUCGGUGCUGGAGAUCAUCGCCUUUGGCUGCAAGGCCCCGAAUCGACACAAGAUGGUGACUUUGGAGCCCCUGAACAAGCUACUGCAGGAGAAAUGGGAGUCGCUGGCCACCCGGUUUCGCUUCAACUUGAUCUCUUACUUCCUGUACAUGCUGAUCUUCACAGCGGUCACCUACCACCAGCCUGUUCUGGGCAAGAACUUCAUUCCGCUGAAGGCAACAGUGGGCAACUCGAUGCUCCUGAUGGGACACAUCUUCAUUCUCUUUGGGGGAAUCUACCUCUUCUUUGGCCAGCUUCAGUACUUCUGGAGGAGACGUCUGUUCAUCUGGACCUCGUUCAUCGACAGCUACUUUGAGAUCCUCAUCCUAAGCCAGGCACUGACGUCGGUGGUGGCCCAAGUGCUGUGUUUCUUGGAGCUCAGCUUGUACCUGCCCAUGUUGGUUUUCUCCUUGGUCCUGGGUUGGAUAAACGUUCUCUACUACACCCGAGGCUUCCAGCAGACGGGCAUCUACAGCGUCAUGAUCCAGAAGGUCAUCCUCCGAGAUCUGCUGCGCUUCCUCUUGGUCUACUUUGUCUUCCUGUUCGGCUUUGCCAUAGCGCUGGUGAGCCUGAGCCGGGAAGGCCCCCGGCCCAGCUUCUCCAACCAGUCGCUGGCCGAGGAGGACAAGGCCCCCUACGGCGGCUUCGUGGAGGCCUCCCUGGAGCUCUUCAAGUUCACCAUCGGCAUGGGGGAGCUGGAGUUCCACAAGGAGCUGAAGUUCGAGGGCUUCAUCAUGUUCCUGCUGCUGGCCUACGUGCUGCUCACCUACAUCCUCCUGCUCAACAUGCUCAUCGCUCUCAUGAGUGAGACAGUCAACAGCGUGGCCACCGACAGCUGGAGCAUCUGGAAGCUGCAGAGAGCCAUCUCGGUUCUAGAGAUGGAGAGGGGCUACUGGUGGUGCAAGAGAAAGAAGGAGCGCUCGGGCAUUCUCCUUUCGGUGGGCACCACUCCGGACCAGAAGCCGGAUGAGAGAUGGUGCUUCAGAGUGGAGGAGGUGAACUGGGCCACAUGGGAGAAGGAGCUACAGACGCUGAAGGAAGAACCAGAGGGUACACUGGAACAGGGGAAGGCCCUUCCAGGCACGACCUGGAAACAACUAUUGUCAUCGAGGAGCAGGGAUGAACCGGCCUCAGAGGACCAGGUGCCCCUCCAGACUUUAAGUGCCUGAGUUUGGGAAUGGCCCAUGCAGCCGUGCCCGGAAUCAAGUGCAGGUGGCAAGGAGAUCAGAGCAGGAGCCAAGUCCACCAAUGUGCUGACCCCUGGAAGGAGGACAGCCCACUCCUCAUGUGCCCGACGGAGAAGCACCUCGUGCGCAGGGACCCACAUGGGUUUUCAUGCUCAAUUCUUCUUGUGGUGUUAGAAUAGAGCUGCCUUAGACGCUUAGGCUAGGACAGAACCCUGCCUCUGUUGCGUGAUGCACCGGGGGGAACCUUGGACAAAUCACUUCUCUUCUCUGUUUCCGCAUCUGUGAAAAAAAGCAGAGUGGGCUAGAUGAUCUCAAAGGCCUAUUCCAAUUUUAAAUCUACGAUCUGCAAGGCAGCUUGGUGUUGGCUGGAGCUGGGAAGACCUGAGUCUGAAUCCUCCCUCGGGUCCUUGCUAGCUGUGUGACCCUGGGCAAGUCAAUUAAUCUCUCUGAGCCUUAGUUUCCUCAUCUGAAAAAUGGGGAUAAAUAGCACCUACCUCACACAGUUGUGGUGAGGGUCAAAUGAGAUAAUAUAUGUAAGGUACUUUGCAGACCUCAAAAGCCCCAUAGUAAUGCUAGCUUUUAUUGGGUGGUAAAGUAGUAGUAAUAGUAAUAGUAGUAGUAGUAGUAGUAGUAGUAGUAGUAGUAGUAGUAGUAGUAGUAGUAAUAAUUGCAUGGUACCACGUAAAAACUACUGGAUUUGGAGAAAGAGGUCUUGGGUUCUGCUAUUUGUUUGCUAUGUGCCUGUGGUUAAGUCAUUUCCUCUUUCUGUUCUAAAAUGAGGGGGUUUGACUUUGAUGACCUCAAAUGCCAAUUCUGUGAUCCUGUGUGUGUGGGGGUCCCUGAAGCACCCCCAAGUCAAUCUCCAUUUGGCCCCAAGUGCCUGAAACUACAAGGGUGGGCCCUGGGGGACAAGCUGCAGAAAUGAGGACUCCCCUUCUCGGGAACUAAGAGACAAGACAAGCCCUCCAACCCAGCUGGCUACAUGGCAUUCAUGCCAGGACUGGGCAGAUGUCUAGGCUGUGUCUACACACACAGAGUUGAGAAUGCAGGUAAUUCACUUUCUGGGUGUGUGUAGACACAACCUUUCCAAAGAUGGGCUCCCAGGACUAGAAACUAGCAGCCCAGAAGAGGCAAGGUGAUGUACGGGGAGAGGUGGUGAUGGGGCAGGGGAUGCUGGGCCCCAUGAGUUGUCUGGUAGCCUGUAGUAGACUGCAAGCUUCCUGAGCACAAGGCCUAAGCAUCCUUUGACCUCCCCUAAUGUCCGGCACACCAGCCAACCUCACACUCCCAAGAUGCCUGAUUUAAUCAGUGUAUGCACCCCCUCCACUGAGGCAAACCUACAUUUAAGCAAACCUCUUUGUGAGUCUCAGCCAGCAUGCUGCUGCUGAGCCCUUUUCAAUACGACAAAGUUAGCCUGUGCUCUGCUGAACGAGGUAGGACCUUCCAGAGCAUGACCUAGAAUGGAAGCCCCGGAGAGGGAGCGCUGGUUUGUUUUUGUUUUAAUUUUGUACUCCCAGCUCUGAGAACGGUGCCUGGCAUUGCAUUGGUGCUUCCUAAGUGCCGGCCAAUUGGCUGCUUGAUGUAGCCUUCAAGUUACCUUCACAAGGCAUUGUAGGAGGCAGUUAGUGGAAAUGGAGCCCAGAAGAGAUACCAAAUGAUUUGUCAAAUGAAAUGCCCGAGCCUGGCAUUUAAAAGCUUCAGAACAGUCAGGUUCCCACCUAAUUUUCCCGGCUCGCUCCCAGUGUGGUCUCCUGCUCUCCCCACUCUCUGUUCCAGCCAAACUGGGUUGCUAGCUGUCUCCUCCACUGACAUUCCCCCUCCAGCCUGGGUAUUCUGAUGGGCUCCACCUGUGAGGGCCCCUCUCUUCAAACUGGGCACCACUGUUUGCUGAGCCCCUCAGCUGGAGGGGGGCUCUCCCUCCUCCCAUUUUCUUGUAGUUACUUGGAUCUCUCCUUUGCCUUCAUUGAACCACAAUGUGCACAUAUCAUUUUCCUUCAAAAAGAUUGUAAGGUCACUGAGGGAAAGAUCUUUGUCUUUUCUCAUCUUUCUGUCUUCAGGGCAUCAUAGCACAGUGUCUUGUCCUUAGUAGGCAUUGAAUAAAUUUGUAUUGAUUUGAAUCAAUUAAUAUAUGUACUACAUAGAU